GCUCCUUCGUGGUUGUUCAACUUCGCUCCUUCGACGACAUUUUGAUCGGAAGCAACAACGGGAGCUCUCUGGCUGUGUAGAUAGAAGUUGAAUUUAAGGCUUGUUUGUGCGAAAUUGGAAAAACCAAGUAAUGGCUAAUCUUGCUGAUUCUUUCUUGGCUGAUCUUGAAGAGUUAUCUGACGAUGAGGCUCCUGUUCCUGAUGAAGAUGAAGCGGAAGUUGGUGACAUGGAAGAAGAUGGAGAUGAUGAUAUGGAUGACCUGGAAGCACUCAAUUAUGAUGAACUUGAUAGUGUUUCUAAAUUGCAGAAAACUCAAAGAUAUAAUGAUAUUAUGGAAAAAGUUGAAGAAGCGCUGCAGAAAGGAUCAGAUAUUUCUGGUCAAGGGAUGGUUUUAGAGGAUGAUCCCGAAUAUCAGCUUAUUGUGGAUUGUAAUGGUUUAUCAGUGGACAUUGAAAACGAAAUUAUCAUUAUUCAUAAUUUCAUACGUGACAAAUACAGGAUGAAGUUCCCUGAACUCGAAUCUCUUGUGAAUCACCCUAUUGAUUAUGCUAGGUUGGUUAAAAAGAUUGGAAAUGAGAUGGACUUAACUCUUGUGGACUUGGAAGGGCUUUUACCCUCGGCUAUUAUUAUGGUAGUUUCUGUCACUGCAUCAACUACCAGUGGUAAGCGUCUUCCUGAUGAUGUCUUGAAUAAAACAAUUGAUGCAUGUGAUCGAGCCCUUGCUCUUGAUUUAGCAAAGAAAAAGGUACUGGAUUUUGUUGAGAGUAGAAUGGGAUACAUAGCACCAAAUCUUUCUGUCAUUGUUGGAAGUGCUGUUGCAGCAAAGCUUAUGGGAACUGCUGGCGGUUUAUCUGCUUUAGCGAAAAUGCCAGCAUGCAAUGUACAACUCCUUGGGGCAAAGAAAAAAAAUCUUGCUGGUUUUUCAACUGCAACCUCACAGUUUCGUGUUGGCUAUCUUGAACAAGCAGAGAUUUUCCAGAGCACUCCUCCUUCUUUGAGGACACGUGCUUGCAGACUUCUGGCUGCAAAAUCAACCCUGGCAGCCAGAGUAGAUUCAAUAAGAGGAGAUCCAACUGGGAAGACUGGAAGAAACUUACGAGAAGAGAUUCGUAAAAAGAUUGAAAAGUGGCAAGAGCCACCCCCUGCAAAGCAGCCGAAGCCCCUACCUGUUCCAGACUCCGAACCAAAGAAAAAAAGAGGUGGUCGUCGGCUAAGAAAGAUGAAAGAAAGAUAUGCUGUUACUGAUAUGAGGAAGCUAGCAAACAGAAUGCUAUUUGGAAUUCCAGAAGAGAGUUCACUAGGUGAUGGCUUGGGUGAGGGGUAUGGCAUGCUUGGUCAGGCAGGAAGUGGGAGGUUGCGCGUGUCAGUUGCCCAAAGUAAACUUGCUACCUACCGUGCUACAAGAGCGUUCAAGGAGAAACAGUACGGAAGUAGUGGUGCUACAUCCGGAUUGACGUCAAGUCUGGCAUUCACACCUAUACAAGGAAUUGAACUCACAAACCCACAAUCCCAUGGUAAUCUUUUAGGUAGUGGAACUCAAAGCACCUAUUUCUCUGAAGUUGGAACGUUCUCAAAGAUCAAGAGGACAUAGAUGUUCUUCUUUUACUGCUUUAAAUGGAGAAAUGCUUUGGCCGUCUUAAAGAAUAUGGGUUUCUGAAUUAUCCUGUUUAUAAGUUUGAGAAGGGUGAUCAUAUAUCCUUUUUUUGGGGGGGGGAUUUUCUGGCUACAAUCUCUAUUGCAUUGUGCUUUUUUAAGGUACCAAGUUUUCCCCUUGCUGUGUAAUUAUGACAGAUUAAUGAGGUUAAGCAAGUUUUGAGGGUUGGAUAUUCCGAGGAGGUCAAUAAUUGAGGACAACCGGUUGAGAUUUAACACUCAAGUUGGAGAAUACAGAUCUGUCAAUUCCAAUUUGGUAAUCAGUCUCAGAAAGAUAAAGUUAUUAAGUCCUUUGAUAACAAUUUUUCUGUAAUCACUUAACAUAGCAUCAUUUGCAUUAAUUAAUUUAGCCAAAUAAGGCUUUAGCUGCAA